GUUUGGGAGGUGGGUGGAGUGUAGGCCAGGGGGUUGGCGGUGCCGUGUCAUGGAGGCUCAGUCUCUGAGCAGCCAUUGAAGGAGAAGGAACUGCGGGUGUGUGCGUAUGUGUGUGUGUGUGUAUGUGUGUGCGCGCGUGCGUGCGUGUGUGUGCGCGCGCUAGUGUGUGGACAAGGAGGUGGGGGCAGCUUAGUUAGAGUCCCAACUCUUGGACUCCAUUUGCUAUUCUCUUCUUUCUCCCUCACACCUAUCUGGUGGUAGUGGGCGUUUAUAUUUGCGUUCCUUUUCAUUCAUUUCUGAAUCCUAAAAAUUGUGGGUUGGGGGUGGUGGGAAAGGCAGGAAAGGGAAAGGAAGGAGAGUAGUAGCUGAAGAGCAAGAGGAGGACAUGGAGAUGAAGAAGAAGAUUAACCUGGAGUUAAGGAACAGAGCCCCGGAGGAGGUGACAGAGUUAGUCCUUGAUAAUUGCCUGUGUGUCAAUGGGGAAAUUGAAGGCCUGAAUGAUACUUUCAAAGAACUAGAAUUUCUGAGUAUGGCUAAUGUGGAACUGAGUUCACUGGCCCGGCUUCCCAGCUUAAAUAAACUUCGAAAAUUGGAGCUUAGUGACAAUAUAAUUUCUGGAGGCUUAGAAGUCCUGGCAGAGAAAUGUCCAAAUCUUACCUACCUCAAUCUGAGUGGAAACAAAAUAAAAGAUCUCAGUACAGUAGAAGCUCUGCAAAAUCUUAAAAAUUUGAAAAGUCUUGACCUGUUUAACUGUGAGAUCACAAACCUGGAAGAUUAUAGAGAAAGUAUUUUUGAACUGCUGCAGCAAAUCACAUACUUAGAUGGAUUUGAUCAGGAGGACAAUGAAGCACCAGACUCUGAAGAGGAGGACGACGAGGAUGGAGACGAAGAUGAUGAAGAGGAAGAGGAAAAUGAAGCUGGUCCACCUGAAGGAUAUGAGGAAGAGGAGGAGGAAGAGGAAGAGGAGGAUGAGGAUGAGGAUGAAGAUGAAGGAGGUUCAGAGUUGGGAGAGGGAGAAGAGGAAGUGGGUCUCUCAUACUUAAUGAAAGAAGAAAUUCAGGAUGAAGAAGAUGAUGAUGACUAUGUUGAAGAGGGAGAAGAAGAGGAAGAAGAAGAAGAAGAAAGUCUUCGAGGGGAGAAGAGGAAACGAGAUGCUGAAGAUGAUGGAGAGGAAGAAGACGACUAGAUCAUUCUAAGACCAGAUUCUCUAAUGUUUCUGGGUGUGCAAUAGAGUGAUCACGUCUUUGUUUCUUCAUGUACGAUAGCUAUCCCUACAGAAGAUAAUGUGUAACUUUUUAUAGGAAAAGUGUGGUUUUACUAUUUUUGCCUUAUCAUUCCAAAUAAGAGCUAGUCUGUUAAUGAUCAUAUUGUAUGUAGAGAAAAAUUUUCAUUAAGUACCAUUGUGGAAUUCCCUAGCAAUUUAUUUAGACUCUUCAUUUUUAAAAUUCAAGCUUACUGUAUUAGGCAUUUUUAGCUCAUAAUUAAAACAUGAUCACUUUUACACAGGUGUAGUUUGAGGCGUUUCAUUCCUUAUUUAUAAAUUAACUGAAAUGACAGUUUGCUGUAAUAUGAAAUGACAAUAGUCUCUUGAGUGGUAAGUUGGUUAUUUUUUUAGAGGUGAUCCAGGGAUCUUUAGUUGAAGGCAGUUACCUUUUUUUUGAGUAAGAGUGUUUGGUUGCUUUUUUGUCGCAAGUAACUUGGAAGUAGAAGCAGAAUAGUAAAGGUUCUAUUCAGCGACAUAGUUCACAGGUUUUGUGGAGGUUCUAUUCAGUAACAUAGUUCAUGGAUUUAGUGGUGACUGAUAAUUCCAUCUUUGAAGGACUGAUUUUAUCUUUGAAGGAAAAAUCGCUUAUACUAAGUCCAGAGACAUGCAGAUGAGCCCUUUCAUCAGGCUGCCAAUCAUGACAUGCCGAUGGCGGUUUAUUUUGUUUUGUUUUAGGUGUGCAUUCUUUUUCUUCUCAGCAAUUUCUUUAUAAUCACCUCCCCUUCUUGUUUCGCUUCCCUCCUGCUCUCUCAAAAGGAAGUUGGGAAACUUGUGAAUACCCAGGAAAACCUUUUGUCUUAUACCUCAACUACCUUUCAGUCCUGUCUGGGUUUAUAUAAGUGAAGUGAAAGAAAUUGACUAUUUUCUGACCUAAGAAUAUAUUAUCAAUACAGUUUUAUGCAGUUAGCUCUGCUUACCAUAAAUGUUUCUUGGUCGACAACAUCUAAGAUUCUAUUAGCAGGAUGAAGAAAGAAAAGCAGGGGGUGGUUUUGGAAGCAGUAUUAGUGUUCCCCAAACUCAGAACAAUUGCCGGGUGAUAAGACGUUAAAGUCAAAUUUUAAAGUUGGCUUCUCACAUGUUUUGAAUACCACUCUGCAAAGUAGUCCUAAUUUUUCUGAGUAGAACCUUUAAUUCCUACAGUUUUAAAGCAUUACCAGAUAAAAGAAUAGCAUUUAAUUGGAAUAUACUAAGCAGUUGAAAAAUAUUUAAAACUAAAUUGACAUUAAAAUUAAGAUUUGUUUUCAAGCGUAUGUCCAUUAAAAGUAGAAAAAUAUUUGGGAUGUGAGUGUGUGUUUUCUUACAUGGCUGCUAAAUAAAACAUAACGAAUAGACAAGUGUAUCUCCCCCUUUGCUAUGGCGGCUCAGUGUUCAAGGCAAUGGCUUUUUAAACCUUGACUAUCUAAAUUUUUCCCUUUGUUUUGAAUAUUUGUCAGUUUUUAAAAAGUUCAUGUUGGCAGAUUGAUUGAAGUUAUGCUUCUGUACCUGGGACCCGUUUAAAUACUGCGUAUAGUACUGCUGCUACUGCUUCUACUGUAUAAACGUGUGACUUGAUGUUUAAACAUAAAAAUUAUGAUGUUACUUGUGGAGAAACUACAAAAGUUUCUGACUUUUGUAAACUGACUGAAGUAAAACCCUUGGAGUAAGUGCAGUGAGGGGAUUGGAAUCUCCAAAAUACUAACGUUUUUCUUCUGCUUUUAAAAAUUUAAAUGCCCUGUUAGUUCCUAACACUUCUCAUUACAUACUAUGCCAGAUUACAAAAAUACUUAUUUUUAAAAUGAAAUCUAUAUAUUGACUUUCUUAUCAAUCAUCUUACUGUGCAAUCAAAAUUAAGAGUACUUUGGUUUGAAAACAACAAUUAGAGCCUCCAGGUAACUUUUAAGACUUACUUAGCUUUGUGGGUGGUAUUUUCAUGCAAAUAAGUAAGGGUGGGUUUUAUAUUUUGUAGAAGUUUUCGGUCCUAUUUUAAUGCUCUUUGUAUGGCAGGAUGUAUAUAGUGUGUUAAGUUCCUCAAGAAUCUCCUUUAAAACUUUGAAGUUAAUACUUUUGUGCAACUGUGUUUUGAAUAAAGCCAUCACAGUGUUAAGAACAAACAGAAAAAAUUGCAGUACUCCUGAUUUUUAUUGUUUCUGACCGUUCCCUGUUUUUUUCUGUGACUGCUGUAACUUAAAGUUUUUGAAACUGAAUUGCUUCAAAUAAAUUGAAGAUUUGUUAUAAUGAUUA